GCCUGACUCCCAUUCGAAUAACUCUCACUCACUCGCCCGAGUUUGUCGCCUAUAUAUUUCCCCCAGUCGAGCUGUUGGUCGCUUAGAGCCAUGUACAGUCCGCACAUCGCCCUUAUGUCGGCCGUGCAGGCCAACGACAGUCGUCACGAGGCCAAGCUGCGAUUCCAGCGCCAUCCCAAGGAGAACGUCUACACGGAUCCGCGUCUGGAGCAACUGAUCGUCUACCGGGCCCUGCUGGAGCACCUGAUGGAGCAGAAGUCUCACUACGAUCACGAGCGGGAGCUGGAGGUCCAGCGUCUCGAGCGCUUCCGCUGCGAGGGAGCCAACGAGCGGCGGCUGCAGGUGCAGGAGCAGGUGGUGAAGAAGGCCCAGGGCAUGCUGCCCGGUAUCGUUUUCAAGAUGCGCAACGAGGUGGACAAGCUGAAGCGCUUCCUCGACGGCGACAAGGAGCAGGAGAUGCGGCAACUGGACAACGCUCUCUACGACCACUGCAGCGAUCUCCUCAAGAACUGCCAGGUUACCCUGGACAACCUGCAUUGAACUGCCUAACCAAAUUUUAUCAUUCAAAUUACAUUGUGCCACACCAAAAAAAAAAGCCCAAA